AUGCGUUGUUUCAGCCUGCUGUUGGCUCAGGCGCUGCUUGUUGCCUGCUUAGCCGAAGCAUCGCCGCUUCAAUCGCCCUUCGAACGGGCCGCAGAAUCCAUCUCGGAGCAUGGCCGUAACCUUGUCUCGACUGAGCUUAGCCUGAGACCACCUGCGCUCGACAUCCAUCCUGAUCCGGUGCGUUCCGCCGACGUGCCCUACGCAGCCAGCCGGUCCACUUCCCCUCAACAUUCUCCCAUCGUCUCCGAAUCCAUUCCGCCGCUGCAAGCCCCUCCACCGGAUGAAGUAGCUGCCUCGUCGCACGACUCGCAUCUCCAUUUGCUGGCGCAAACGGCGAGCGAGCAAACGCUUUCUCCACGGAUCGACGCUCAGAUCACAGGUCUGCCAACUCAGUACGGGAACGAAGGCAGGAUCAGGCUCGCCAAAGAUCAGGUCUACAUCCGUUCACCCUGGAUGAGCGAUGUCUACGACCGAAUCUUACGGCUUUGGAGACCGCGGAAGCGCUUUGACCGUUCCGAGGUGGCGAUCCCAGCCGAACUCGUCGCACAGAUCAACGCACAAGGGCACCGAAUCUUUGUACCUCGAGGCGAGGCAUACAUGCUGCGCAUCCCCGCCAGCUGGUUGCCAUCUGCAGGCAUCUCACGUCCAUUGGAGGUGCUGUUCCGAUAUCACUCGCAUAUCAAAAUGCCGACGGGCCGAGUGAGCGGUGUUGUUAGUAUCUGGACCACCGCAGACAGAGGAAGAAAGCUCGCUUUGCUCGGCAUCUUCCGCAUGGGCACAAUUGCGUUUCAUACCGGGUUCACCAAGAUGGCGGGCGUUCAGAGGUUCCACGUCACGAGCUUGGUGGAAAUGACUCCAGUGCCACACUCAGGACUCCAUCUGGUCCCGCAGCCGUAG